AUGCGAAGAACUCCAGCGCUCUUCUUCGCAGCAUCGAGAUGUGCGCGGUUCCACACUUCUAGGAGAAAAUUGUCUACGGAGCCCAUAGUCCGCAUCUCCAAUGGAACGUUCUAUCGCCGCCAUCCAGCAACCAAGCCAGAGGGCCACGAUGCGUCUCCAAACCCACCAUUGUUCCCGGACCUGAACGUGGAACUCCCUUCAUUCGCGACGCCGAACCAGCACUGGGCUAUCCUGAGUUCGUCAUCGACCGUCAGAACCGCGUUCCUACAGAUACUAAGAGGCGAAUUACUAUGUUUCCCUCCUACAGCACGGUCAUUUCCCUACCUUCUUAGCCCCGAGUUCGCGGCCGAGAAGCCCAAGCUACGCUCUCCGGAGCGCGCAAUUGAGUAUGUGGGCUUCGACGUUGAACGUCAGGCGUUCGGCGGCGCGUAUCUUUCUGCCCGGUACGAAAGCCGCGUCGAAGAGACGGAUUUCACGCUCGCGCAGUACUUGACCGGCAUUGUCGGGAUGAAUCCGGGCGAAGAUGUGAUCAAAGAGAAGGCCAUCGCAAAGGAAGUCAUGUUGAAAGUUGUGAGAGAUCUGGAGCUUGAGAGGUUCUUCGAUAGGCCCGUGAGCACGCUGAGCAAUGGGCAGAGUCGGAGAGCGAGGAUCGGGAAGGCGUUAUUGGCGAGGCCGGAGGUGCUGUGCUUGGAUGCACCUUUCAUUGGCCUCGAUCCGUUCGUCUCGCAGCAUAUAUCCGAAGUGUUGCAUAGGCUGGCUGAAGCCAAUGCACCUAGAAUCGUACUCUCAUUGAGACCGCAGGAUGUCAUCCCCGAAUGGAUCACGCAUAUCGUGUAUGCUGGUGAGGAUGGAAAGGUUCAAGCUCUAGGGCAGAAGGAGGACGUUUUUCAGUACCUGAAACAGCAGUACGAAGAUAUCGAGAAGUCUAUAAUUGCGCGCAGCGGUAAAGGCCAUGAACUCGACCCCAAGCUAGUAGAGCUGCGGGAGGUUGGGAAACAUCUUUCUGAGAAAGGUGACUUCGAAACAAGCUCCACGGAAGAGCGAGACCUCUCAAGCGGACCGGUGCUGAGCCGGGACGGGUUCGAAAAAAUCGACACGUCGGCGGCUACUAUUGGAGAACCCAUCGUUGAGAUGGAAGGUGUACGGAUCAAAUACGGCCCCAACUCCGUUCUAGGCGACUGGCAACAAGACGUUGACGGCGAGCGGAAAGAGGGACUUUGGAUGAACAUACACCGGGGCCAACGUUGGGGCAUCUUUGGUGCCAACGGAUCUGGGAAGACCACUCUGUUGAGUCUGGUCACUUCAGACCACCCUCAAACAUACUCUGCACCCGUGAAGCUCUUCCAGCGCUCUCGGCUGCCCUCUCCCGGUGUUCCAGGGAUCACCAUCUUCGACAUCCAAUCCCAAAUGGGCCACUCCUCACCCGAAGUGCACGCCCUCUUCCCAAAGAAACUCUCCGUGCGGCAUACACUAGAGUGCGCUUGGAGCGACACACCCAUUACAAAGCCCAGGCUCGACGCUGACGCUUCCAAACGCGUGGACGCAUGCCUCCGUUGGUUCGAGGGAGAACUCAACCCCAAGCUCACAGCUGGUCAAACUCCAAGUGGGAAUCUUGACUGGGCGACCGACGUCUACUUUGGCGAGCUAUCCUUCUCCGCUCAACGAAUCGCCCUCUUUCUCCGCGCUACCAUCCGCAAUUCCUCCAUCGUCAUACUUGAUGAGGCAUUCUCCGGAAUGGACGAUCUCGCGCGCGAUAAAUGCCUCCUCUUCUUGUCGCAUGGGCAGAGCAUGAAAUUGCAUUACACCGAUGCUGGUCCGAAACCGGUAGAAAGCGAGCUCAGGAAAAAGGGAGAGGUUGUAGUGCUGGGGCUACAGGAGCAUCAGGCACUCCUGUGUGUCAGCCAUUCGCGGCAGGAAGUGCCCGGCUGUGUCAGGGAAUGGGUGUGUCUAGCGGAGCAAGGGAUGGGGCAGCCGAGAUUCGGGCGCUGGGAUGGCCCGCUGGAGCUGGCGACGAGUAGGUGGAAUGAAAUCUGGCGGAGAUAA